AUGGCACUUUUUGAAAGAAUUGGCUCAGUUACAGAAGCUUAUGACUUAGAGAUUACAGUUCAUUUUGCAAAAAUAGAGCUGCCCUGCCAAACAAAAUUAGCUGUAAUUGUGAAGCGUGGACCUGAUAAGCGCCAGAAUUCUAAUAAAGUUUUAUGAGACCAAAACUUAGCCUUAGCUAACUUUGAUACUGAGUUUAAAUUUCAAGUGACGAUGUUUAAGAAAGGCACUUUGUAUUUGUCAAAGCAUUUUAGGUUCAACCUGAUGAUGAUUUCUGAUAAUAAAGUAAGGAAAAAUGGUAGAGGAAAAAUAGAUCUUGCAUCAUUACUAAAUUCAAAGGAACCAUUUGAAAGAAGUGACGUGAAAUUGAAAAAAUGUACCGAUAAAAAUGCAUUCUUAUGUGUAAGUGCAAAAAUGACACAAAUUCAUGGAGAAUUAGUGUCAGCAGUUAUUGAUGAUGACGAAAGAUAUGCAAUUGAAACAAGUGUGAUUAGUCCUAGGCCUGCUAAUGGCCCAACAAUAAGUGAAUCUGAAAAAACGUCACCUGAGCAUGCUUAUGGGAAAAGCCAAAAAGACAAAGAAAAAUCAAAAGAAAAAUUCAUGCAAAGACUAAAAAGGCUAAAUACUAUCACUAGUAAAAGACAAGCUAUGAACCCUGAAACUCCAACACAAUCUGCACUUUUACCACAAGAUUUUACAGACUCACCAAUUGAAAAACAAUAUCAAAAGCCAUCAGCUUUUGAAGAAAAUAAAUCAAUUGUAUCACCUGCUGAAAAUCAGUAUCAAAAACCAUCAGAUUUUGAAGAAAAUAAAUCAAUUGUAUCACCAACUGGAAAUCAGUAUCAAAAACCAUCAGAUUUUGAAGCAAAUAAAUCACCUGUAAAUGCUGUGGAAAGAAGAAUUGAACCCGCCCCUGCUGAUGAUUGGCGAAGAGAAAGCAUGGACUUGGCUUUUGAGAUUGCAAAUGCUGUACUUAAAUUUAAUGAAGAAACUUCAGAAAAUCAAAACAAAGAAACUGAGCAGCCUGAAAAUUCGAGAGAUAUUGAAAAUGAAAGUCAUAAAAUUGUUAAUCUUGAGCCAAUUAUUGAUGUAAAACCUAAAGAAAGAACAGACAGCGAAAGUAGCGCUGAGGAGUCCCCAUUUCACGCUCCUGAUAAAAAACUAGUAGCCAGUUUUACAUUUCCUGCUACAGAUUACAGAAAAGUGCAGGCUAAUUCUACAAGCAAGUCAAAUGAAAUUGCUAAAAAAGAAGCAAAAUCUGGUCUGACAGAAAAUAAAAGAUCAGCAUGCAGUGGCUGUAUUUUAUUUUAA